GGAGGCAAUACCAUUUUUGGUAAUAUAUACUAGCUUUAUAGCCGAAAAAUGAAAAGAACGUAUUUCUUCUUAUGCUUUAUUUUUGGUGAGAUAUGACACUACCGUCAAUGUGUACUCCGGCAGGGAUUCCGAGUAUGCGGUCAGCCGGAAUAGAGAAACGGACGGCCUUAAUCACCGGCGUUAGUGGAGGGUUAGGAAAAGCCCUAGCCGUAGAAUUGGCAAAGAGAGGUCACUGUAUUAUCGGCUGCGCUCGUUCUCAGGACAAGCUCAAUGCUCUUCAGCCAGAGCUCGCUUCCGCUUCCAAUCCUCCUUCAGAGAACAAGCACCUCCUCAUCAACGCCGAUGUGAGCGUAAAUAACAGUGUUGAAGAGUUUGCACGUGCUGUUAUGGAGAAAAAGGGCGUUCCUGAUAUCAUUGUGAAUUGUGCGGGAACUAUUAAUAGGAACAACAAACUUUGGGAAGUGCCAGCUGAAGAGUUUGAUUCUGUCAUUGAUACAAAUCUGAAAGGAACUGCAAAUAUUCUGCGUCACUUUAUUCCCCUAAUGCUUGAGAAGAAGCAAGGAGUGAUCAUAAAUAUGUCUUCUGGAUGGGGAAGAUCUGGUGCGGCACAGGUGGCACCUUAUUGUGCUUCAAAAUGGGCAAUUGAAGGUUUGACAGCUUCAGUUGCGAAGGAGUUGCCCCCUGGAAUGGCAGCUGUUGCACUUAAUCCUGGCGUCAUUUACACGGACAUGCUUCAGUCGUGCUUUGGCAAUUCAGCAUCGCUCUACCAGACACCUGAGUUAUGGGCUCCAAAGGCGGCUAACAUGAUACUAAAUCUAACCAUGGCUGAUAAUGGGGCAUCUCUUUCGGUGUAAAUUUACGCAGUUAAGUGACAUACUAGCUUUAGCAGAAUGAUGGAAACCACCAGUUUUUUUAUUCCAUCGAGUAUGAUAAUCAUUUUUCUCCCCAGAGUUGUCUUGUAUUUUUGUGAGUGUAUGAGAUUUGAAACAUUUGUAAUGUUUGGAGCAGCUAAGAGCGGGUCAAAGGGAGUUUAGGCUUAUGCAAAUGGUCUAUUUGUUUGAUAAAGUAGGUUUCAUUUUCUUGGUUUCA